AUGCUUGUACAUGGAAUUAGUUGGUAUUUGGCUCCCGAGUACAAAUGUGGAGAUGUCUCUCCAAAGGCGGACACAUACAGCUUUGGGAUAGUGGUUUUGGAGUUGAUAAGCGGUCAAAGGAAUUGGCUUUUCCAUCAGCGGUCUUCCAAUGGUCAAGAUCUACGGGAUAGGGCAAAUGAGCUCUACAAGGAAGGAAGGGUGUCGGAGUUUAUGGACCGGAAAUUGAUACCACCGGCUGUCCUUGAUCAAGUACAAUUGUGCGUACAUAUUGGGGUAAUGUGCACCGAAUAUGAUCCAAAACUACGACCCACCAUGGGUCACGUUUACUCAAUGCUGUCAGAGAACCAUAGCAACAACAGCACCCUAGUUGAAGAACCGAUGAGAGAUGGAUCAUCAUCAGCAGCAACAUCAUCCACAGCUCGAAAUUCGGUUGACAAAAUCGGGACUUACUAG